UAUUAUUACUAUCACUUUUAUUACUAUUAUUAUUAUUAUUAUUAUUAUUAUUAUUAUUAUUCUCCUGCUCGACUGACUUUAAGCCUCUCGAUCAUGUCGAUUUAAAUUGUUUUCCCACGUGUAUGCAAUGGAUUUAAAAAUAGUUUUUCUAGAAUCCGCAUUAGAUGACUAUUUACAAGAAAGGCGCGGAUUCCAAGGCUAAGAUUAUAUUGAACCGAUCCACAUCAGGGUUAGUAAGAACUCUGCGAUCUGAUAUCUUCAACUCAAAACUCAACAUGAAUCUGAACGUAAAGCUCUCGAUUUGGUUGUAUGCAAUAACGUCUUUCACUCUUUUGGUUGACUCACUAUCAAUCAAAAAUGAUUACUAUGCAUAUAUCAAUGAAGACGAAGCACUGGAAAGAGCCAUGCCAUUGAAUGAACCGGAAUUUGGUGUAGAAAUGGAAGAAAUGGAUAGCAAGGAAGACUCAACUUGCACCAACGGUACCUUCACCAUCUGCAAGCCUAUCACUGCAAGUAAAAUCCUUGGGGUUCUAAAACAGCUUGGUGUUAGACAAAAUCCAGCCAUUCGAAUAGCCAAAGUGUCUAAGAGAUUCCUGCGCGAGUUAAAAAUGAACAAUGGAACAUUAAAAGCUACCCAAAGGAAAAGAAGGUCGUCAAACAACUACAGUGAAUUGUGUGAAGAGAAAGAAGUCGUCAUGAAUUUCCAACUGAUCCAUCCAAAAGUCAGUCUAUUGUACGUUGUCAGGGGAGUCACUUGUGUAAACAAAUUUUGUUUUUCUCAGUACUGUGCCCCUGAUAACCCUAUAGGGAAAUGUAUUCUUACUAAAAGUCAAGUGUUCCUGCAUUUGUUCGAUGAUUAUGGUACACUUUGCGGCAAGACAUUAGAGGUCGGAGUGGCAUAGCCUUUAUGAUCUUCUACCGAUAUUGAUGACGAAAUUGGUGGUGAUAUUGGUGAACGAUGACGACGGAUGACCAUAGAUAACAAUGAUGAUCAUCGCACCAGUGCAUGAUAACUUGUCAAUAAGGAAAAUUUUGUAGCUAUUUGGAUAGCAGAUUUGGGAAGGUAUUUUUAUAAUUAAAGUUGGCGUUUCACUCAAGGCAAGUUGCCCCAAAUUUUAAUUGUUUUCCACUAACAAUUUGCUUUAACUUUAAUAUAACAAUGAUAGAUGUGUUGAUCAUCACAGUGAAUGAGCGAUCUAAGCGAACGCUGUAAAGAAAGACUUAAAAUGAUUUCAAGCUUCAACGGGAAUAUAACAGUUUGUUUCAAAUAAAGGACCAUUGGGAUUGUUCCUAAUGCUUUUACCACUCCUGGGUGGACGGCGCAAUGCCUAACAGGUUUUGCAACCCAAUUAAAAGGGCAGCCGAGAUCGAAUUUGAACAAUGCACACAGUUUUUACUCGAAAUUAUUUUUAACAGUCAAUAAGAUUUUAAUGGUUUUCACUCAAGUUUUUGAAUAGCAUGAUAUUUUGAGUGGACUGUCCGGUACGGCAGGCACUCAAGAGCCUGAGCAAUAUAAUUAAGGGACCUUAUAUGCACAUUUUUCAGUUGAGCUAAUAGAAAACAGUACAUUACAAGAGUAUACAUUCCUUCAACAAAUGAUCUCAUCUCUAUUAGAGAAUAACGUACAAGGGUAUAAAAGAGAUUCUGGUUUCAGACGUAGUUGUCUUGUUUUGUUGUCCCACUCGUGCCAGCACCCAAAGUUGAGCCUAUUGCUGAACGACACUGACCGGAAAUGAAGCUUUUUUUUGCAAUAUUGGCUUUACUACUCGUUGAAGUCGCUUUUUCUGACACUGAAGCUUCGACUCCUGAAAAGACAUUGGAUGCCUAUAGUCAAGAAGACGAUGACAAAAAGUGGAACUCUGAGGCAAAAACUGUCCCUGAGCUCGAGAUAAAUCAGCGUAGUGGAAUGGCAUGUGCAGCUAUGGGAAAAAGCCAAGUUAAUGAUAUCCUGAAAGCGAGAGCGAGGGCUUUUAAGAGUUUAGGGGUUCGACUCGUACCAGUACCGAAAGGCUUACGAAAUAAAAUAAGAAAAUUAAAGAAAGUCAAACUCCCUCGCCCAAAACGUCGUCCUCGUCCUUCCUUUCGUCGUCGUCCUUCUUUUCGUCCUCGUCCUUCCUUUCGUCGUCGUCCUUCCUUUCGUCGUCGUCCUUCCUUUCGUCGUCGUCCUUCCUUUCGUCGUCGUACUUCCAUUGGGAUGUGCCAGGAACGAUUAGCUCGGGUGACUUACACGUUAGCCGACUACCAAAAUACAGACCUAGCCUACCGGACACAAGGGAUUGAGUGUGCCGAGUCUUCGUACAGAAUUCGAAUCCACAUCUAUGGAAGGAAGUAUUUGACGCUGUGGGGAAAAUGUGCUCUUAGGAAGAUACACGUCGUCGUUCCUGUUAAAACUGGCUGUGGUUUUAUCUCGAAAACCAUUCCCAUCGGUUGUUCUUGUAAAUGUAAACAUAGCCACCUUUUCCUGUGAUCAUUCUGCAACCGAGAUCAUGCAGCACCAUGUUACUAAACUUUGAUGGCACUAACCAAAACUGCCUAUAAAUAAUAGUAAUCAUGGCACACGUUUAAAGAGAACUCCGUUUCUUUUUUGUAUGCGGAGAUAGUUAUGUUGAUAUGAAUUUUGUAUGCUUUGUUUCAGUAGAUUACCAUCAUAUGUUAAUAAAUGCGAAUAAAAGCCGAAAGGGUUUUGAAGAUA